AGGGGGCUUUCGGCCCAAACAGUGGCCUGAGUCCCACCACAGUCUGCAAAACUCACCUGGCAAGUUUCGGCCCUUCAAGGGCUGAAGCCGAGCCAUGCUGUGGCUGGUGCUGGCUUUGUCUGCCACCUGCGGGUCAGCAUACCGAGCAGUUCUAGCAUCAUGCGAGCGGGAGAUACCAGGCUAUGUGCUGAACUUGGAUCGGCGCGCGGACCGCCUGAAGAAGCUGGGUCAGACACUGGCGGAGCAGGCGCCCUGGCUGGCUGCGGCCACCUGCCGUGUGGCGGGGGUGGAUGGACGCCGCAUGACGGAGGAGACCACGGUCCCGCCGGCGCUGAUCCAGGCAGAAGUGCUGCACAGCGCAGUGACCAACACUGCGAUCACGAUUGGUGGGCCGCUUACCAAAGGGGCCACCGCGCUGAUCUUUGGGCACGGGUUGAUGUGGGAGCACUUCUUGCAGCAAGACUUCGAAGUUGGGAUCUUCAUGGAGGAUGAUGUUACUGAGGUGCAUCCGGGCCUCGAGAAGUUUUUGUGCGACUUGGUCGACCGCAGCGACUGGGAUGUGGUGCAGCUCCAGUACGGCGAUGGGACGCUGGUGAAGGAGCAGGACUUGACGCUGGAGCACCGCUCCGCGUGGAACACGGGAAUGUACCUCCUCACCAAGUCUGCCGCCAGGCAAGCGCCAGUUCCCGAUCGGCCACUUCUGCAGUAGCCAGAUAGACGACCCCGGCUGCCCGAUUCGCUCCCUGCGGAACUUCGUGUCGCAGCCAGCGGCUGCUAUGCAGACGGGCUCCCGGGUGGACUCCGACGUGCAGAUCUUGGGGGCCUUCCUGCAAACCGCCAAGCUGCGGGACUGCCCCAGCCUGGCCGUGUCCAAGAUGCACCGCCCUGAGCUGCACUCCCCCUUUGCCUGAGCCCAAAAGACCCGAAGGUCCAACGCACGACUGCAAUGAACCCAUCGCGUUACAGGCCCCUCUUGUUAUUAUGGCGAAUGGGCUGACGUGCAGUUGACACGUCACGGGCUCCGUAAAAACACCCACCUGCAAAGAGCCUUGCGGCUGAGCUGGCAGUUCUCAGUAGCUCUGCACGAGGGUUGCGAGGUGGGGAGUGGCGCAUGUGGCGCUUCGCUCGCCGAGCAGGGGCCGCGUGACAGUUUAAGCCUGGGAUGACCUCAACCACCUUGCGGAAUGGUGGGCUCCCCUGCUGCAAGGCUCCUCAAGGGGGUCUGUCAUUGCUACCUUGCGCUGCGACUCAUGCAGGAAAAAGCCUGUUGGGCAACAUGUGUGGUCAGGACCGAAGGUAGCUCUCAGGAAAGAUCUAGUAACCCUAGUGAUCGGCAGCUAGCGUUGGAACUGCGGAUUGUCCGCAGGAGGCAGUUAAACCUAUCUGUCGGAUCCAUUUGAUGCUGAGCGCAUGGGGACGUGAUGUUUAGCUUGCCGCUACGACUGACAAAGUUGGUCAAGGCAGGCCCGACCUGUCGGGACCAAAGGUGUGCGCGUUGGCCUUCGCCUUACCUCCCUUCGGAGAAUGGGUUUGGGUUCCGAGCACGUGCCAGGCAAUGGGAGUGAGGCAGCCGCCUCGCUUGGCUGACAUCUUGCGCAGCGUUUCCACGCAGGGCUUUCAUGGUUGGCGUGGUUUCCUUGGAGUUGACUUACAAGAUGACUUUCCGGCAAGUGAUCACCUGGGUUCCAUCGCGCGGGUAGCACGCCCAAAUGAAAGCUCAGUAGGGAAACCUCCUUUGCUGGAAGCGCGCCUCCAUGGAAAAACAUCAAGCCCUCAGCCAAACACGCAGCCCAAGUUGAGUCGCAGUCACAAGAACCCUUGGCUUGCCAUCUUUUGUAGGAAAGCGCUAGUGUCCUACUUUCCUGGUGGGGUUGAGCCAGCUAUCAAGAGCCGAUGCCCAAUCUCUUGUGGCACCCAGAUGUGAGAAGAAGCAGCGUGUUGCCAGCAAGGUGACCGAAUGCUCUUUUUUUCUUUUGGGUAGGUUCCUGACUGAUGUCCACUCCUGAAAGGCAGUACAGUUCAGACGACGUAGAUAUCUCGGCGCACGAGGUAGUGUCCAAUGUGCUUCGCCCUGUGGAGAGGGCGGAAGUGGCAGAAGCUGCUCUUGGGAGCAAGCGCAGCGGCCGGACAAACAGCGUGCGUGGCUGGACAUUUCGCGAGAAAGGAAACAGACAGCAAGGAGUCCAAACCUGGCAAGGAGUAUGACAGAAGCCUAACUCUCCACGCGGGAGGAACUCUCCAUCCUUGGCGCUGGCAAGACAGGUGUACCGAAUCGUUGUUUGUGGCCGACGUGUUUUGAAGUGACAGGCCAUUUGUGGAGUAAGAGGUAUCCACCAAACGGAGAGUCGCAGGUCGUGCAGGGGGAAGGCUGGUCCACGAGCCAAUGCCGAAGUUGACUCUCAAGCCGCCUGAGGUCCCCCUCUUGGUCUAUCCGCCCAAGACGCACUGAUCAUCCCUCGGAGCACAACCACCC